AUGUCGCUUCCAAAGUCUGAAUAUCUGUCCGAGGUGUGGAAGGAUAAUCUCUUCGCCGGCAAGGUCGUCUUUUGCACUGGUGGAAAUGGCUCCAUUUGCUCCGGUCAAGUUCGUGCCUUGGUUCAUCUAGGUGCCAACGCAGUCAUUGUCGGCCGAAAUGUCGAAAAGACCGAGCGAGUCGCCAAGGACAUUGCUACAGCGCGACCUGGCAGCAAGGUCAUUGGCAUUGGCGGCGUUGACGUCCGGAGUCUUGAAAGCCUCCAAAAGGCCAUUGACGUCUGCGUCAAAGAGCUGGGUGGGAUCGACUUUCUAAUCGCCGGUGCCGCUGGAAAUUUCCUCGCUCCUCUAUCUCAACUCUCCCCCAAUGCAUUCAAGAGUGUCAUGGACAUUGACAUUCUCGGUUCCUUCAAUGUCACCAAACUUGCCCUCCCUCAUCUUGUCGACUCUGCAAAGCGCCACAAUUCGUCAUCCACCCUACCUCACAACCCCACAUCAGGCCCCGGAGGCAGAAUCAUCUAUGUCUCGGCCACCAUUCACUAUACCGGCUUACCUCUCCAGACGCACGUCAGCGUGGCUAAAGCAGGCAUUGACGCUCUCUCUGCCAACGUUGCUCUUGAAUACGGUCCUUUCGGCCUUACAUCCAACAUCAUCGCUCCAGGUCCUAUUGCAAAUACUGAAGGAAUGGAUCGUCUAUCCAAACGGGCCGCCUCGAAGGACCCAACUGGGCCGAAUCAAGCUCCAUCAAUUCCGGUGGGCCGUUGGGGCUUGGUCAAGGAGAUUGCGGACGCCACAGUUUUCCUGUUCAGUGACGCCGGGAACUACAUCACGGCCGAUAAUCUCGUCGUAGACGGCGGCUCAUGGAGAAUUGGUGCUGGAAGCCCCGGUGGUGACUUCAAAUACCCGGAUUUCUUGCUUUCGGGUGAAGAGGUGACAGGCGUCGGCGGCAGUAAGAAGAGAAAGCCACAGGAUUCGAAGUUAUGA